AUGCAAACGUGGCGGGACGACUGGAUCGCAUUUUGCCGGGAGGCUCGAGGGUACUUGGGGCGGCUGGUAUGUUUCUGAAAGCUAUUCUGUGGAGCGACUGCUAAUGAAGCAGCGAACACACCAAUUGACCGCCCGAGGCAAAGACGACCGGCUCAUCGACUCCAUCGCGGAAAGCAUGCAGCAAUGGACGCAGAUUCAGGCAGCGUUGGCCGAGCAGCUCAGUCAGGCUAGGAACUUUGUUACGCAGUACCAGCGGUUCAGCGAGACGCGCAAGUUCAGUGAGAAGAUGCAAAACAUGAUUGAUGGGCUAGACAAAGAGAUAUCGGGGCAGAUUGACAAGUUAGAGCAGACGGUUCGCGAUUUGCUGCAGAUUGAAUUUGCGUGGGUAUCGAUCAACGAGGCGCACCGGUCGACUAGUUUGGCGACGAGCAUGAAACGGCUCAGUUGGAUUACAUUCAUUUUUCUUCCAUUGACAUUUGCAUCGAGCUUAUUCGGCAUGAACGUGGAUAUUCUGAGCGACAAUCCUCCAUGGCACUGGUAUCCGCUCAUCGGGGGAGUGUUACUGCUAUUAACGGUGGCAGUAUGGUUGUCAACCAAGUUUACAAAUGUUGAGCGAUGGGUUGAGGAUCAAGCGGAGCAGAUUAUCAAUGGACGACAGAAGAAAGAAAUUCUCGCGUGGUGAUGCCCACUAUCUACCGAGCCAGUAUAAUUGGGUUAAUCAAUUCACACCAAACAACAAC